GAUCGCUGCGCGGGCUGCGAGAGCUAGGUGGCCGGGCGCGGAGCCCAAGCCGUGCCGCGCGGCGCCAUGAAGGGCAAGGAGGAAAAGGAGGGCGGCGCGCGGCUGGGCACUGGCGGUGGCAGCCCCGAUAAGAGCCCGAGUGCGCAGGAGCUCAAGGAGCAGGGGAACCGGCUCUUCGUGGGCCGCAAGUACCAGGAGGCGGCGGCCUGCUACGGCCGCGCCAUCACCCGGAACCCGCUUGUGGCGGUGUACUACACCAACCGGGCCCUGUGCUAUCUGAAGAUGCAGCAGCCUGAACAGGCACUUGCUGACUGCCGGAGAGCCCUGGAGCUGGAUGGGCAGUCUGUGAAGGCGCACUUCUUCCUGGGGCAGUGCCAGCUAGAGAUGGAGAGUUAUGAUGAGGCCAUUGCCAAUCUGCAGCGAGCCUAUAGUUUGGCCAAGGAGCAGCGACUCAACUUUGGGGAUGAUAUCCCUAGUGCCCUUCGCAUUGCUAAGAAGAAGCGUUGGAACAGUAUCGAGGAACGGCGCAUUCACCAGGAGAGUGAGCUGCAUUCUUAUCUCACCAGGCUCAUUGCUGCUGAACGAGAGAGGGAACUGGAAGAGUGUCAGAGGAACCACGAGGGUGAUGAGGAUGAUGGCCAUGUCCGGGCCCAGCAGGCCUGCAUUGAGGCCAAGCACGAUAAAUACAUGGCAGACAUGGAUGAGCUCUUCUCUCAGGUGGAUGAGAAAAGAAAGAAGCGAGAUAUCCCGGACUACUUGUGUGGCAAGAUCAGCUUUGAGCUGAUGCGGGAGCCCUGCAUCACACCCAGUGGUAUCACUUAUGACCGGAAGGACAUUGAGGAGCACCUGCAGCGUGUGGGCCACUUUGACCCUGUGACCCGGAGCCCUCUGACCCAGGAACAGCUCAUACCCAACUUGGCCAUGAAGGAAGUCAUUGAUGCAUUCAUCUCUGAGAACGGCUGGGUAGAGGACUACUAAGGCCCCAUGUCCUGCCUGGCACUCUGGCCCAGGAGGGUCUGGAGGCAGAAGCUCCAGCCCCUGUAUAUAGUUUGUGUCCCUGGGCCUGUCCCAUCAGUCCUGCUGAUGGGUUCUGAACUGCUCCCUACUCGGCAUACCCCUUGCUGGACCAUGAGCCUCCCCUGUCCCCCUUCUGGGCUGGAAAGCGGGUAAGGGUGGGCUGAGGUUGCUGCUGCUGCCGCCACUGUCCUGUAAUAAAGUCUGUGAGCACUACA